CAGCGAGCGAUGGAGUGAAAGUGAGGACUGUGAACAGGAUUACGCUUUUUCCUGCUUUCUUGCUCUGUCCGCCGCUCUUGGGUUCAAUUGCGCGAACACCCACUGUGAGUAAUUACGCUUGCUUUUCAGUUUAAUCUUCGGCCCACGGAAUUCGUUGCGAAUGCAUUUGUGAUUAAGCUGGUUCCAGUUCUUUCUUGAUCGCGUUGGGAUGGAACAAAGGCGUGAUCUUGAUGAGGAUUAUGGAAUCAGUAGGAGGAACAAGGCAAAGGGCGUUGUGGAAAACGAGCAACAAGUGGACAGGAUCAAGGAUUUGCCCGAUUCCAUUUUGAUUCACAUCCUCUCGCUUUUACCCACUAGGGAUGCGGUGAGAACCCUAAUCAUCCCCAGCUUUGGCGGCCUCUGGACUUCGAUUUACAAUCUGGACUUUGAUUGGUGCCUGUUCCACGAUUGCUCGGACAAUUUGCUAUGCGGUUACGAAGGGUGCGGCCUGUUAAGGUUUGCGGAGUUUGUUCGCCGCGCGCUUGCGCUUCACCGAGGUCCCAAGAUUUGCAAAUUCCGCCUUCGUUUCGAGUUUUCGAUAUACCACCUUGUGGAUGAACUGAUGUCUCUUGAGCCCGAGGAGCAGAGCAUCAUGAUUAGGACUUGUGGGGCUCGUUUGACAUAUGCAGGUGAGGUCACUCGUUGGAUUGAAUUUGCGGUAAAUAGGAAUGCCAAGAUCCUUGAUUUGGAUUUUAUGGCAUGCGGCUCUCUCAGCCCGACUAAAUAUGAAUUGCCUGGUUUUGUGCUCCAGAGCAGCUUCUUAACUGAAUUGAAGUUGGUGAGCUGCGACGUGAAUUCAUCUGCGAAAAUUGUCAUGAGGGCACUUAAAGUAUUGUAUCUUAAGGAAAUCGAUUUGAAUGAUGUUCCAAUCAUGAAUUUUUUAGAUGGGAGUCCAGAGCUCGAAAGCUUGACUGUUCUGGAUUGUCAUGGCCUGCGUGAACUAAAUUGUGCUUCCCACAAACUUAAGAGUGUGAUGAUUGCUCCACCUGGGUGUGCUGAGCCAAGUGUUAAAGUUGCCUGUCCAAAUAUCAAAUCACUAGACAUCUCUGGAUGGAUUGAGCUUCUGGAACUUGAGAACCUAUCAUCUCUGCAAGAUGCAUCCGUAGAUUGCUAUGAUUGUUUCACGAGUGAACAUAUGGAAUAUUAUGAUGUCCUAAAGAUUCUGGAGGAGCUCCAUCAGGUGAAAGUACUUACAAUGCAUCACCAAGCAAUUCUUUUUCUCACGGUAUGGGAGUCGACAAACUUGCCUUGCCCAUCCAACAGUUGGCAGCACUUAAUUCUUAGGACAAUGCUGACCAAAUGGCACCUCCCCGGAAUAGCGAAAUUAUUGAGAAGCUCCCUUUGCUUGGAAAUGCUAGAUAUACACAUCAUCCCAGGCGAAGUGCCUUCCAUUGUUGCCCAAGAAGAUUGGCUGCCUUUGUACAACAUUCGUGAAGGGAACUACUGGGAUUCACAAGAUGGCUCUUUUGGAUGUCUUACCGACAGCCUCAGAAUUGUCAAAAUAUCCGGCGACAUAACGAAGGAUCAUGCGAUUCAAAUAGUGCAAUUCUUACUCCGUAAGGCACUGGUUUUACAGAAGCUUGUCAUCUGUACAGGGCCGAAUGAUUGUUCCAUGGCAGCCGAGGAACUAAAGGAAUUUUCCGACAAGUUGUUGAGUUUUCCUAGAGGUUCUCCUCAAGCUGUAGUUUUGUUUUCUGAUGAAUGACGUUCUCUCCUGAAUGCUAAGUAGGGAUGAAUGAGUAGACCACAUGUUAUUUUGUAUGCAUCUCAUAUGAGAUCCAUGUUAGGAUUUC